AUGGAUAAUCAUAAAGAUCUAGUGAAAUGGUUCCGAGAGAUGGGAUACAAUGGACAAAUACCAGAUAAUCUUUUUGCAAUUUGCAAUAAUUCCACAAAAUCUAUAUGGAAACAACUAAUGAAAAACGUUCACCCUAAACAAGAAAUAGAAACAAUUAGAAGAAAUAUUAUAUUGAACAGGCUAAUAGCCAAAUCACUGAAUAAACAGAAUGAAUUUGCAAACAAAAUUGAACAAGUUGAACAAUUCAAGAGAAAAAUGUCAUCUGAAAAAAAGCUAAAAACCAUGGAAGAUGUUGUCCAAGAAAAGAAGCACGAAGUAGAACAACUUUCACAAAAUUGCAGAAUAAAAAAUAUGUCUUUGGAUGUUUUAAAGAAAAAAGUAGAAGAAAACAAGCAAAGAAAAUACUUGCUAGAUUCCAAAAAGAAAUUGCUGGAAGGGCAAAGUUUGCAAGCAAAAGAAACUAUUCACGGACUAAAAAACAUUACUCCAGUGGAUAAAGAAGCAAGUUGCAGUACUGCAGAAAUUACUGUCACAUUAGAAAAAUGUGUAGAAAAACUAAACAAACACAUAAUAGACACUCAAAAGCUCCAUAUUAAUUCAUCAGUCUUUAUUCCAAGUGCGCAAAAGAAAAAUCCAGCUGCAAGUGAAACCUCAAUAGCCACUUACCUAUCGAUAAUUGAAAAGCAAAAUUUCGCUCAAAUAGAACGCAGUUGCAAAAAACAGGUUGUACAAUUAAAACUUCCAGCUUCACAUCCAAAAGUGAAACAUAGAUUAUUUGAUACUCCAAAAAUAAUUGUAAAUGAAGAGGGUAGUUCUGAUUCAGGCAUAAAAGCCUUCUCAAUUGAAGAACAAGACGAACUCAGUCCGAUUACAGUAAUUCAGAACCCUAAGAAAAAUAAAAGAGAAUCUUUGGGACUUUUGCCAGAUUCCUGUCUGGAAGAUGUGGCAAAUAACGAAAACUUUCUGAAUGUGAGCGCGUUCAGUUUCAAAGUACCGCAAACGACGAAGAAGGUCAAAAAACCAACCGAAACUAUGGAAUCUGAAUUGCUAUAUCAGAAAAAAGCAGUUAAUUGUGAAUUAAAAAAAUUAUUGCAUAGUAAUGAUAGUGAAUUGAUAUACGAGGUUUUACAGAAAUCCAUACAAAAUGUUGUAGUUCAGUUCACCAAGAUUGUGUCUAUGAAGCAAGUGGAGGAAGAUAGCCAAUGCAAGCUUAAUGAAGUUGAUUUAGCAAAACUAAGGUUUAUCCAUGUCCAAACCGAAUUCAAUAUAAUUGAGCAGAAAAAGGCCAUGCAAGGGUUACUUGAGAAAAUUUCUAGAAGGAAACUAGAUAUUCUGAAAAGUAUAAAUCCAAAAGAAAACUAUCUGAAAGAACGUCUGGAACUCAGUAUAAGACAAGUGGGACUUCAGACAUGCCACUCUGCAUUGAAAAGGGAAAUUGAUUUGAUAAAUAUUGUGGAGAAUGACGAUAAUAACAUCAAAAUUUUAUAUGCACGAAUUUCGAAAAUCAAAACUGAAAUUGCCAACAUCAUCCAUUUGCUCCAACUCACCAUGGAUGAACUAUACAGAUGUCAAAAAUCUAUAGUAGAAACCAGUGACUUAAUUCUAAACCCUCUCUGGCAGUUAAGAUCAUUCAAAUCCGACACUGACUGGUUGAAUCCGUUAACAGAACCAAUUUGGACUAGCGAAAUGAAAGUUUUUGACAAAUUUCCUUUGGAGUAUCAAAGAAGGUGCGCUUACACCGAACCAAAAAUUUUCUACAGAAAUUUAUGUACUGAUAACUAUCAAGCAUCAAAUUUAUUGAGUGAGAAGGACUUACAAAUGCUAUCGAUAGUUUUGGAUAGUCCUUUCAAUCCACCAGAAGCAAUUUUAUUGAACUUUCUUAGAGCCCAAAUAAAAUGUAAAGUUUUGAUGUCAAUUAGACAAAAAGGAGGUGUAGUGCAUUAUAAGAAAAACUACUCGCUUGAAGAUUUGCAGCAGCAAGAAAGUUAUCUUCAAUAUGCUUUAGAACAGUUACGUAAAUUAAUGUUUUCCACUAGAGCAGAACGUACUCUUUCUAUGGGAAGUUUUAUAAAACAAGCCAUGGACAUUUGGUGCGAAAUGCCUAUGAAAGACUUUAUAUCUGAGUCAAGAGUGUUUCAAGGUAACAAUUUUCAGUUUUAUCAAAAUAAACUUAAAGCAUUGAUAUAA